AUGUCGCCCGUACAAAACAUUAAUGAUAAUUCUCCUAUCCCUCAAUCAGCUAAUCCCAUUAUGAAUUCUUAUAUUGUGCACGUUGGCGAACAAACGUUUCGUUUAUAUCGCUCAUCGGUAACCUUUGACUCUCCAAACUUUUUUACUCAAACUUUUCUUAGUGAAGAAGAAACUUCAGGUGAAACUGAAAUAAGCAACUCUCCGGAAGAUAACGUAACCUCAUUGUCAGUUUCUUCGACUGAUAUAAAGAGUACUGUUUUGGAUAAUAAAGGAAAAGAGAAUGAUUCUAACACUGAGUCUAAUAUCAACAAUGAUUAUAAAACUCUUGAUAAAAUUAAUAAGGCAAGAAUGAGUACUAGUACACAAACUUAUUUUUCUUCGAAUUCUACUGUUAAAGAAAUAACUAUUGAUAGAGAUCCUAGACUUUUUGAGGUUAUUUUGAGAUAUCUUCGAGGUUAUACCAUAUUUCCAUUAUCUUCAGUAAACUUACCACAAGGAAUGUCUCUUGACUUAUUUCGAGAAAGUUUAUUAGAGGAUGCCCGAUUUUAUGGAUUAGACCGAUUAGAACAACUUCUUCAAGCCGAAACACCCUCACCGUUAAGUUACAAAGAUCCAUUCACAUCAGCAGAUAAGAUCCUUUUGUCACUGCGUGAUGUACUUAUUCAUAAAGAUUUUAUCAAAUCUAAACUCGAUGGAUCUUCAACCAUAGAAUUCUUUACAGGAGCAGUUCUUACUAUUGAAAUUUCGGAUGGUUCCAUAAUUUUUCAAACAAAAUUUCUUAAUGCACAAGAUCAAAAAGCAAUGGAAGUUUUGGACGACAUUUGUGGCGAAAAUUCUCAUAUUCAACUUUCGAGAAAACUUAAUUCAAAUAUGCAUGACACAUUGAAUGGGAUACGUUUAGAAAUUGAUGGAGUUCAAAUUACUGGUAUGGACAUUGCUUCUCUUGUAGAACCUUAUAAUCAGAGAGUGAAGACUUUAGAUGAUAUGUUUCGAUUAUCCGGAGGCAAAGGUUUAGUUGUAUAUGCUCAAGAAUUUGUUUUUAGAUUGGAUAAAUCUUCCGAUGAUAUUAACAAUGAAAAUAGUGUCAAUGGAGUAAAUGGAGAAUUAAAUCAAGAUCAUGAUAAUAAGGAAGAGAUUAAGGAAAAUAACGGUGUAAUUAAUGUAAAGAAUAAUGUAAGUAACGAAGGAAAUCCAGUUUACCUUGGAGUUGUUUGGGCUAAAGGGUGGACACAAGAAUGGUGGGCAUGGAAUGAAUAUAGAAUGAAAUUGGAUGCUCUCCAGUAA